AUGGGUCGUCAUAUUUAUUCUCUUACUCAUUUGCGUCGUUGGCUUAAUCGAUUAAAUGUAUCUGAGAAUCAGACUUUACCGAAGAUAACGAUUGAUGCUUCAACCGGUACACCCAGGAAACUUUUUAAAUUCUCAAAAUUGGAUGAGAUUAAGGAUGACAGUUUCGUUUCAAAGAAGGCACGAUCUUUUCCUUCAGCGUUGCUAGCCUUCUAUAAUGAGCAGUUGUACACUCACCCGCUGAGAACAAAAGCGAUAACCGCUGGAAUAUUAACAGGCUUACAAGAAUUCUUGGCACAAGAAUUUAAAGGUUGUCAAAAUGGCAUUAUAUGUGGACCACUUGGUCACGUUCUCUUUGAGAUUUCAAAUAAAAUUUUUAAAAACCGCGCUGGUGGUGGAACCAAAAUAUUGCAAAUUUUAGUGACUCUAUUGAUUAUACUUCCAACUCAACAUAUUGUUUAUUUGGCGGCUAUGGCAAUCAUUGCUGGUUUAAGAACCACUGAACAAAUUCAGGCAUCAAUAAAAAAGUCUCUAUGGCCUAUGGUGAGAACGACUUGGAUUGUGUUUCCCAUUGUUCAGACUUUUGCACAAAAAUUCUUGGAACCACAACUAUGGGUACCAUUCUUCAAUUUGGUUGGAUUCUCCCUUGGGUUACAUGCUUCCACCAAAGCAAAGAUUCGGCAACAACGAAAACUUGCUGAAGAUGACGAUGAUCAAUGA